UUUCUCAUCUCUUGGUUCGCCGACUUCCAACUCCAACUCCAACCCGCGCUCGUCUUCUCGCUUCUCUAUCCGAAAUCGAGAUCAUCAAUGGCGGAUCCGAGUUUUCCCAGCAAAGGGAGGACCGAUCAGGUUUUGGUUGAGGAAAAGGGGUUUGCAAGGAUAGUAACAUUGAACAGACCUCGGCAAUUGAAUGCUUUGUCAGCUCCAAUGAUCCAGGAAUUAUUUAGGCUUCUGACUGAGUAUGAGGAGGACCCGAAAGUGAAAUUAUUGAUCAUGAAGGGAAAAGGAAGGGCUUUUUGUGCUGGUGGUGAUGUUGCAGCAGUAGUGAAUUCCAUAGCAAAAGAUGAUUGGACUGUGGGUGGGCAUUUUUUCUGGACAGAGUUUACAGUAAAUUAUAUAAUUGCAACUUACAGCAAACCUCAGGUCUCCAUUCUCAAUGGCAUUGUCAUGGGAGGUGGCGCCGGUGUUUCCGUCCAUGGGAGAUUUCGAGUUGCUACAGAGAAUUCAGUCUUUGCAAUGCCAGAAACUGCCCUAGGACUAUUUCCAGAUAUUGGUGCUUCUUUUUUCCUAUCCAGGCUUCCUGGGUACUUUGGUGAAUAUGUUGGUUUAACUGGUGCCAGAUUAGAUGGCGCUGAAAUGCUUGCCUGUGGCCUUGCAACUCAUUUUGUUACCUCCUCAAAAUUGGGUAUGCUGGAGGAGGCAUUAGUUAAGGCGGACACUUCUGAUCAUUUUGCUGUUUGCGCAAUCAUUGAUCAAUUUUCACAAGAAGUUCCUGUUAAGGAAGGUAGUGCUUUUAAUAGGUUGGAAAUAAUCGACAAGUGCUUUUCUAAGAGAACAGUUGAAGAGAUAAUACAAGCUCUUGAGCAGGAGGCUGAAAGUGUAGCAGAGGAAUGGAUUAAGGCUGCACUUCAGUCCUUGAAGAAGGCUUCUCCUAUGAGUCUUAAAAUCUCUCUUAGAUCGAUCAGAGAAGGGAGACUGCAAAGAGUUGGGACGUGCCUCAUCCGAGAAUACCGUAUGAUUUGCCAUGUCCUACGGAAAGAAGUCAGCAAGGAUUUCUUUGAGGGUUGUCGGGCUAUAUUGGUGGACAAGGAUAGAAACCCGAAGUGGGAGCCAUCACGCCUAGAACAAAUAGAUGACCAAACGGUGGAUCGAUAUUUUUCAAAGGUUGAUAACUGGCCAGAUUUAAAACUUCCAACAAGGCGCAACACUCCCAUUUUAUCUCGAUCAAAGCUCUGAGGAGAUUCAAGUUACUUUCUAAUAUGAAUAAUCCAGAUAUUGAAAGGUAAUAUAGGAAGAUUGGGUGUUAAUAACAAGCGAAAGGCAGGCAUAAAUUAUCCACUAUUCCUCAUCCUCAAAGCUGCAAUUAUUUGACUUUUAUCGUUAACAUUGACAAUAUAUGAAUAAUGGUUGUGUAUAGUGAGAGCAAAAAUCUUGUCUA